AGCAGAGCCUUCGAGAUUUCAAUAGGUGUAUAAAGAAAACCUUCAAGUACCCUAUAGAUUUUGUUAAUUUAGACUUUAGGAGUGGUAGUAUUAUUUUAUACUAAUAGCAGGGAUAUUAUUUUUUCGAGAACGCGAUUUUGAAACUUCUCGGGCACUUGGGAUUCGGGGUGCUGAGUUUCGUGUUCUUGUAUAAACAAUCAUGUCUGCUAGGCCGAAGAGAUCGAAUCACUGCACUGCCAGCAGUUCAAGCAUUUCGUGUACAUCUAAUGGUUCAGGUGGUGGUUUGGUUGCUAAUGAGCCACCACUGGAAGUUUCAGCGGUGAGAGUUAGGCGCGGUCGCCCUCCAAAGAGAAGACAUGAUGAAAAAGAUGAAAAGAAAACAAUACUAUCGUGGAUUAUAGACUGCGGCACUGUAAAGGAAAAUGCAGAAGUUUCUUGUGUUGAUGCUGGUCACCUGACCUUAAAAGUUGGAAAAAUUACUAAGGCUGGCAUCAUAUGUGAUUGUUGCAAUCAGGUUUUAUCAGCAGAGAAGUUUCAGUAUCAUGCCGCUGGGGUAGUUGAUAGACCGUAUGAGCGCAUUAUUGUUCCGGAUACAAAUAGAGCACUUAUAUGCUGCAUGUUUAUAGCUUGGCAUCUUCCAAGUGAGAUAGCGCGUCACAAGGAUAACUUGAUUGAAGGUUUUGGUAAUUACACUGAUACAUUUGAUGAUGCAUGCAUGAUCUGUGCUGAUGGGGGAGAACUCAUCUGCUGUGAUAAUGAGAAAUGCCAUUCAACUAAUCAUUACAGGUGCAUGGAUAUGGAGGAUGUCCCAGAUACUUGGUUUUGUCCUUGCUGUGUGUGCAAGUUCUGUGGUAAUCCUGCUCGUGAGAAGGAAUGUCUGUCGACAUGUUUCCAGUGCGAGAAGAAAUAUCACCACGAGUGCCAUCAAGAUAAAAACCCGAUACACAUUAAUAUGAACAGUACCUUCAUUAGAAGUGAUCAUACUGUCACAUUUUGUGAGCAAAGCUGCAAAGAGAUUUAUGACAAAUUGAAGAAGAUGGUCGGAGUGAGUUAUAAGCUAGAUGAUUCAUAUACUUGGACUUUAAUCCGGAGAAUGGACAAAGGUGACAAUGCUGCUGGACCAAUGGAUUACUAUACUAGAACUGAAUGUUACUCAAAGCUUGCGAUUGUACUGAGUCUUAUGAAACAGAGCUUUGAGCCAAUAACUGAUCGGCACACUAAAAUUGAUGUUAUUCAGAGUAUAGUAUACAAUUGCGGUUCAAACUAUACUAGGUUAAAUUUUACGCGAUUUUACACCGUUGUAUUGGAAAAGGAUGGUGAAAUAAUAUCUGCGGCAUCCCUGAGGAUUCAUGGGACGAAGCUCGCUGAGAUGCCAUUUAUUGCCACAAAUGCAAUCCAUAGGCGCAAGGGAAUGUGCAGAAAGCUGAUGUCUGCAAUUGAGGCUGUGCUUCAUUCCCUUAAUGUUGGGUAUCUGAUCAUACCAUCUGUUCGUCGGAAGGCGAAGACCUGGGAGGAGGGCUAUAAUUUUAGCCGCCUUACAGGUGAAAUGAAGAAACAUAUCAUGUACUACAACACAUUGACAUUCCAUGAUUCAAUUCGGCUGCAGAAGGCCAUCACACCACCUGAUUAUGUCAGAGUGGCAAGGGAGGCUUUGGCAAAUGUAAGGAGCCAAUCUGUUAUACUUCCUUCAGCGGCAAGGGAGGCUGGGAUAAAUGCAGAGAGCGGAUCUGUUAUACUUGCUUUACCGGCAACGAAUGCUGGGACUAAUGCAGGGAGCCCAUCUGUUAUACUUCCUUCAGCGGCUAGGGAGGCUGGGACAAAUGGAGGAAUCCGAUCUUUUAUAAUUCCUUCAGCGACGAGGGAGGCUGGGACAAGUUCAGGGAGCCAAUCUGUUAUAAUUCCUUCAGCAGCAACUACAAGGGAGGCUGGGACAAAUGCUGGGAGGCCGGUAAGAUUAUUUGGGAUUGACCUGAUUUAAGCAUUGCCAGACAACACUAAAUGACAUAUCAGUGGACAUGGUAUUUUCAUAUAGUUAUAUGCAUGCAGAGAUGUUCAGAAUUUCGAUUUAGUGUUGUCUUUCUUCAUAAGCCAGGAUAAUUUAUUUUCAGUCUGGAAGACUAUUUUGUCUGAACUGUUUUCUUCGUUGGAAUUUAUCUGCAACUUUGAUACUUUAAUUUUAUUUUCAAGGACAUGUUA